AUGACCAUCAAUUCUCACGCCAUAGUCGUGACCCAACAUCCUCACGUUACACAAGGGCGCCAAGUGGCAUUCCUGGCUCCUAUGCUGCACUACCUCAUGAUGGAGAGACCCGCUUGCGGAUCUGGAUGGCAAGUGAAGAUCAAAGCCCUGAUCCUCACCCCAACCAGGGAACUGGCUUUGCAGAUUGGAGUGGAGAUCCUCAGAUUGACCCAUGGCAGUGAAAUCAAAACAAACAUGCUUUAUGGCGGCACUUCAGUCAAGCACAUGUGGGGCAAUUUUCUGGUGCUGGAUGAGGCGGACCAAAUGUUGGACCUGGGGUUUUCUGCCUACAUCGACAUCAUUCUGAAUUCAGCACAUAAUGGCUAUCGGCGAACCUUGAUGUUCUCUGCAACUUUUCCCGCCAAUGUCAAGGAAAUGGCUGCCAAGUACUUGGAAGCCUGA